AUGAAUCCAUGGCUUACACGUGAGUACUUAAAACGUUUUUAUAAAGGCGGGUCAUUUUAAUUUUCUAUGGGCGGGCCAUUUUAAAAAUUUUUGUAGUUUUUUUAAAAAUAUUUUUCGGGCGUGGUAGUUUUUUAUUUUUUUUUAUUUUUACACCAUGGUAAAUUUAAAAAUUUUUUUUUUAAUUUCAGAAACCGAAAAAUGGACGGUCAUAGCUUCAUAUUGUAUGUCAUCGGUUGUAUUUGCCACGGUUUUAAUGACACUCUGUGCUGGCAACAGAAAGACGAGACCGACUAAAAGUACAAGUCACAGCGGUUCUAAUGAUGGGGUUAGUUUUUUAUAAAAGGGGUAGGGCUAAAACUAAGUCUAAGGCAAAAGCUAAGGCUAUGACUGAGGCUAAGGCGAAUGCUAAGGCUAAGACCGAGGCUAAGGCUACGGCUAAGACAAAGGCUAAUACGAAGGCUAAGGCUAAAGCUAAGGCUAAGACCAGCGCUAGAACUUGUGCUUGAACAGGGGCCAGAGCUGGGGCUAUGUUUUAUAAUACUUCAUAUCAUUUUAGAAAUCAAAAGCAUCUACUCAAAGCAAGAAGCGAUCGUCAGCCAAAAAGCAUCCAGAAAAAGUGACAAGUUCUCAAAAAAGAGUGUCAAAAGGUUCAACGAAAAAGCCAGAAAAAGAAUCAAAAUCAGCCGAAAAACAAUCAGCUCCGAAAGAGGACAAAGAAGCACUAGAAAAAGAACAAGCACAGAAAGAUGUUCCGGCCGAAUUUACUCCACCAGCGUAUGGGUUUUUUAUCCAAUAUAGCACAAAUAGUACUAUUAGUGUAGUAUGUUCCACUAUAGUACUAAUGGUACUAGUUAUAAAGCAUUAUCCAAUAUAGUACUGAUAGUACUAAAAUUACUACAAAUGGUAAAUAAGUGGUACUGAUGGUAGUAAACUUGAGCUUUUUUGAAAAUUUGUAUCUUGAAACUAGGCCAUUUCUAGUGGAACUUCAGCGACAGGAGAGAAGUCCAAGUCGAUGGACGCCAAAACUAAUAUAAGUGUUGACAAAGAGAAUAAGACCAAGACCAAUAUGGACGGAAUUCCAUCAAUCGACGCCGAAGGUGGAAAUACAGGAGAGAACACGCUGGAAGUGAGGCGAGAAGCUGCUGCUCUUAAGCCUAAGGCUACAGUACUACUCGGGAAGCCCUCAAGUAAGCGUGCGAAGGCAAAUGACCUACCAACAAUGGACGAUGUUGCUUCAGAUUGGGACUCAGGAAAGGGGAAGGCUAAAACAAAGGUAAGAUUUUGAGUUUUUUAGGCUUUAACAUUAGGUUUUAGGCUUAUUUUUAUUGUUUCUAGGCACACAAAUUUUCUUAGCCCUAAAGCAGCUUGUUUUAUGUUAUCUUAGCCUUCAAUCAGCUUAUUUUAUGAUGCCUUACUCUUUAAAAAAACUUAUUUUAUAUUACCAUAGCUCUAACUAACCUUAUUCUAGGACACAUCAAAAAGGAAAAAACAAAAACUAACAAAAGGAACAAUCCAACAUACAAAUAAUACCCAAAAUCAAGAUGAAGAACAAAAAGAAGUGACAGCAGCCACUCCGAAGAAUGAAUCAGGGAAAGAAGGAAGUGGAUCACAACCAAAGCACAGUGACAGGAAAGACAAGAAUAGCUAG